AUGGUCCAGGUCAAACACAAAGUCUGUCUCAUCGUUCACGAUGGUUGGGGAGUGGCCCCGGAGCCCAACAUGAAGGGUGAUGCGAUAUCUGCAGGAAACACCACGAACAUGGACACCAUCGCCAAGGACCACAGCGUGCGCACAUUGAAUGCCCACGGUCUGGCGGUCGGCCUGAGCGAUGGGCUAAUGGGAAACUCGGAAGUCGGACACCUGAACAUCGGUGCUGGGCGGAUUGUCUGGCAGGACAUCGUCAAGAUCGACGUCUCAAUCAAGAAGCGCCAGUUCCACAAGAACGAGGUCAUUCUGGAGAGCUGCAACCGGGCGAAGGAAGGCAAUGGCCGUCUGCACCUUCUCGGCCUGGUGUCCGACGGUGGCGUGCACUCUCACAUCCGCCAUCUGCUUGCACUCCUCGAGACCGCCAAGGAGGCCGGUGUCCCGCAUGUCUACAUCCACUUCUUUGGCGACGGUCGCGACACUGCGCCCCGCUCUGCUGCUGGAUAUGCCAAAGAGCUCCUCGAUUUCAUCGAGAAGGAGAAAUACGGCAAAGUCGCAACUGUUGUUGGCCGCUACUACGCUAUGGACCGUGACAAGCGCUGGGAGCGCGUGAAGGUCGCGAUCGAUGGUCUAGUCAAGGGCGAGGGGGAGAAGGCUGAAGAUAUCGUCGCAGUCAUCGAGGAGAGGUACAAGAAGGACGAGACGGACGAGUUCUUAAAGCCUAUCAUCGUCAACGGAGCCGAAGGCCGGAUCAAGGAUGAUGAUACUUUAUUCUUCUUCAACUACCGAUCCGACCGUAUGCGUGAGAUUGCCUCCGUAUUUGGCCUUCCUGACAAACCCAUGGAAGUCGACAUUCCGAAGAACCUUCACAUCAGCACAAUGUCAAGAUACAAUGCCGAAUUUCCUUUCCCUGUCGCUUUCCCUCCUCAAGCGAUGACCAACGUCCUUGCUGAGUGGCUCUCUAAACAGGGUAUCAAACAGGCCCACAUUGCUGAAACGGAGAAAUACGCACAUGUCACGUUCUUCUUUAACGGUGGUGUUGAGAAACAGUUCUCUGAGGAGGAGCGACACAUGAUUCCCUCGCCCAAAGUCGCGACAUACGAUAAGCAACCCAAUAUGAGCGUCCAGGGCGUCGCAGACAAGGUGGCCGAAGUCGUCAAGGAGGGUACCCAUGAAUUCGUGAUGUGCAACUUCGCACCGCCAGACAUGGUUGGCCACACGGGUAUCUAUGAUGCUGCCGUUGAGGCCAUCACCCACACAGACGCGGCGGUCGGGACGGUCUACAAGGCAUGUCAGGAGGCGGGCUACAUUCUGCUCAUCACCGCGGAUCAUGGGAAUGCGGAGCAGAUGAUCAACCCCGAGACGGGUGCCCCACACACGGCCCACACGACGAACCCAGUACCAUUCAUCAUGACGGGAGACCCCAAGAAGCUUAGCUUCAGCGUCGAUAAGAAUGACGGUGACGAAGAAGGGGGCGCCCUGUGUGACGUCGCGCCGACAGUGUUGGAUAUAAUGGGCCUAUCAAAGCCCGACGAUAUGUCUGGCCGUUCGCUCCUGGAGAAGGUAGAUUAG